AAAGCAGUGAAAAACACGAAGCAACACUGGAGAUUCAGACCUCCACGAUGAAAAUAACCCAAAAGAAAAAAGAAUGAGGGUCUAAAACGACGUAGUAGAGUGGGCCACGGUGUAAGGGAGAAUGUAAAACUCGGAAAAACAAUAAUAAAUGUCAGAAAAAACAGUAGGUACUCUUGCAAAUGCAAACCAAAAGCGGCUUCAUUCAAAUGACAAAGUCAAUAUUUCUCACUCCUUCCCCUUUCUUUCCUUUCUCUCUCUCUGUCUCACUCAAAGUCACAAUUCAGUACCUUUCUUUCGCUAUAAAUUCAAAGAUCCCAUCAGAACAGACACUCAUUUUCCACGCUCGUGGAUCGCUUUCACAUUAGGAGAAAAAGAGAGAAAACAUGGAAAUGGAAAUGGUGGUUCCGGUCGACUUCAACUUCGACAGCAGCAACUGCUCCUCCCCAUUUAUCACCGCCCCUUCCAGCCCUCAACGCUUUGCUACUAACUCCAACUUCUUCUUCACCGCUCCCUCCAGCCCCAAUGCCAACCACAACCACCAUGAUUUCGAGUUCAAUUUCACCGGACACCUCGACAGACCUUUACUCUCCGCGGACGAGCUCUUCCUCGCCGGAAAGAUCCGUCCCCUAAAGCCGGCUCCGCCGACGCCGCCCCUUCGCUCCCCUUCUCCUGUGACAUCUCCCCGCAGGAAGAAGGACUUCGACCGGCUCGCAGAGGCCACAAAAGAAACGCACAGAGGCAGGAAAGAAGAAGAAGAAGAAAAAGAAGAGAAGAAUGAAGCGCGAGGGAGGCAAAGAGUUUUGGUGUCUGGUCGGAAAGGAAGUAGUAGAUCUUUGUCUCCUCUAAGAAUCUCCGACAUAGUGUGCGAAUCCGAAAACAUUUCUUCCUUCACAAGCAACUCCAAAUCUCCUUUCCUCCUAGCUUCUAUUUCUUUCACCAGAAAAUGGAAGUUCAGAGAUUUUCUCCUCUUUCGAAGUGCUUCAGAGGGAAGGACCGACAAGAACCCGCUCAAAAAGUACGUGAUUCUCUCCAAAAACGAAGAUGUUCGGAACUCCAGCUUUCGGUCCACCGAGAGCUCCGGUUCGCUCUCCAAACGCCGCGGCCCAGUUUCAGCCCAUGAGUUGCAUUACACGGUGAACCGGGCCGCAUCCGAAGAAAUGAAGAAGAAAACGUUUUUGCCUUACAAGCAGGGUUUAUUGGGCUGCUUGGGCUUUAACCCUGGUAUGCAUCACAUCUCUAAAGGAAUGUAAUCAAUUCAAUUAUCUCCUUUGGAUUUUCUUACUGUUCUCUCUUCUUUUCCGCAAAAAGCACUCAAAUAAUUUUACCAUACCUUACUUCUCUAAUUUCUCAUUCUUAAAUCAUUCCAAUGAACAAUAAAUAAAUAAAU